AUGACAAUAAAAGGAAACCGAGGUCAAAAUCUCCGCACACACUUCAACAAGUGGUUUAUAAGUUUCGUGAACAAACUCUGUAGAGAAAUAUCCGAUUGCUCACAACAAAACAACUAAAGAUGCUGGUCAUUCUAGUACUGGUCUCAUGUCUGCCAUACCUGUCCUUUGGCCAGGAUGUGAGCAACGUGGCGUAUGAAUCCUUCAGGAAAAUAGAUGCUAACCAUGACGGACACAUCACAAAACCAGAGCUCGUCAGUUACUUCGAUAACUUUGACCUGAACAACGACGGUCACGUGACCAAGCUGGAGUACGCCCACCAUGUUGACCAGGUGUACCACGAGGCGGCGGCCAAUAGAAUCAUGCACCAGAUCUUCGGUGGGCUGGACACCGACAACAACGGCCACCUCAACCACGCCGACUACGACGACAUCUUCAACCUGGCCGACGCCAACAACAACAACUACGUCAGCGAUCCUGAAUACGAAAGAUACUUCAAAAUUAUUGCAACGUAAAAAUAAACAAUAAUGGAUUUGGAUAAAUAAAGCUUAUUUGAGGUUUUAAUAA